UGAAGAUGCAUCCAUGUGCAAAUUUUCUGUGAUCAUUUUUUUAAUUUUGAAAUUAAUACUAUAUUCACUUAUAAAUUUACAAGUAUCUGGUGUGAAGCUAAGAGUUCAUAAUCCAUUCUACAUAAAUUUUGUGCCAGGAUAUUGGCAACUAGAAGUUCGUCUGCGUUUCUAUGGGAACUGAAGCUCGGAGAAUUUUACAAACAUCGGUACGACAGGUUAAAGCAAUUCUUUCCUGAUUGAUUAAAUUAUUAAAGACAAUUUACCCAAAAUUAGCAUUUUUGAAUAAAAAAAUAGAUAGUUGAUGCUUACUCCAUUUUUUAAAGAGUGUGUAAAUUUGUGAUAGAUUAAUAGCAAGUUAUAAAUCACCAGAAAAAUACUGAAGGCUGAAUUUACCUGACCCAUCAUGAAUUCUACUGGAGCACGACCAAAAAACAGGCAUGCCAGAAAUGAUGAAAAUCAACAGAGUGAUGGUAAUGAAGGCUCCGAUGGAAAAGAUGAAGAUCGAAAUAGAAGUAAUGAACAAGAAAAUGAAAAUUCUGAACAAAGGGAUGAAAAUGAUUUGUUUCCUGAUCCCCCUGAUGGGUCUUCUCAUAAUGAGCAAAAUGAUACUCAGAAUAAGGAGAGUGCCAGCAGUGAUGGAUCUAAACGAAUGAGUCCAGUUCAUUUUGAAGAAAGAGAGCCCAAAAAGACUACAAGUACUUCUAGCUAUAAGCCACCUAGGAGAUAUCCUAAUCGUGAUUCGUUAUUAAACAGACACAGAGACUUAAGUCAAGAAAACAAAAGGCUAUUGGCUUCAACGGUUACCCGCAACUCAUCUUUGGCUCCUUUAUUGCGAGAAGGAGGUGGCUUGGGAGGAAUACUGGGAGACAUUCCGGAUUAUUAUACUGACGAGGUGACUGUGCAAUUUUUAAAUGCUCAAGUUAGAAGUUUGAAAGAAGAAUUAGAGACUUUAAUACGGGAAUGUGUUGAUAAGGACGAAAUGAUUAUUUUGCUAGAACAGCGAUUAAAAGACACUGAAAUAGACCGAAGCAAGUUACAACGUGAGAAUUCUAACAAAGAACAGCAAAUAGAAAAAUUGCAAAAAGCGUUAGAUGAAACGAAGGAUAAAUGUGACAGGAUAAAAAAAGAAUUAAGUUUUGUGAAUAAAGAAACUGACAUUUUAAAGCAGGGCCAAAGGCAAGCAGCUUCUAUCAAAUCCAGCCUCGAGACCAAACUUUCUCGAGCUUUAGAAGAAAAUGAAAGAAUUAAAACUGAAUUACGUCAAGCCAAACAGGCUGCGAAAGAAGCUCAAGAAAACUACCAAAGAAAAAUGGAAGAACUGUCAACUGAAAAUAGAAGAAUUGACAAACAAAACGCUGAAUUACAUAAUGCUAUUAAAAAGCAGAUGCAACUUAUUAACAAUUUAAAAAGACAAAAGAUGCAUAUUGAAGCCGCUACAGCUGUUCAAUUUUCAGAAGAAGAGUUUAUGAAAGCCUUAGAUAGAGGUACUUGAAAUGUGACAUAAAUUUCAAGCCCUACAUAUUAUAAAUUUGUUGAUGUCUGGAUAUUUCAUGAGUGCCUUCUUGUCUGUAUCCGUUCAUACUUAUUUAA